AACCAGCUGCAAAACCUCAGAGGAGGGAAGUUUUCCAGAGAUCGACUGGGAUAUGGCAUCCAAACCCACGGCUGCUGGGAAAACCAAGGAAGGAAUGAGGAGCAAGGAUGGAGAGACAGAAAUGGGUGAUGUGGAAAAUCUCCCCCAGGACAGGAAAGCGUACCUGCAGGAGGAAUGCAGGGUCCUCACGGAACACCUGGACACGUACCUGGGCAGAACAGAGCAGCUCCUGCGGGAAAGCAGAUCCCUGGCAAAGGCAGCCCAGGGGACUCAGGAGCAGAGCCAGACUUUCCUGCCCUGCGGAGCAAAGCUCAGCCGGGAUCGCCAGGAUCUGCUCAUCACCCUGAACGACCGCAAUCGCCAGGAUCUGGCCCAAAGCCAGGCGCAGAGGGAGCGGCUGAUCCCGCAGUACGCUGGGAAGGAGCAGGAGCUGACGAGCUCCCUGAGGGACACGGAGUGUGCCGAGGAAACCCGCAGCAUCAAGAGCAGGUUCCUGCGGGAAAAGGCCGCCUGCGAGCGGGAAUUGCAGCGGAGGAUGCAGCGGCUCACCUGGAGAGCCGAGGAGGUGGCGCUGCGGGCUCUGAUCCAGCACGUGGAGCAGGUGAAAGCAGAGAACAGGCUCCUGCGCCAGGAGCUGCUCGGCCUCAUCCAACACUCCCAGGUCCUCAGGGACGCCAAAAUCCGGCUGCAGGAUCAGCAGGAGCAGCUGCUCCGGGAGAACCAGUGUGCCCAGCGGGUGGCACUGGUGACACCAGCACGGAGCCCCCGGCGCCGCCGGGACGACCUGCUGUGCCCUCCUGUCCAAGGGUGGCCGUGGACCCCGGACCACCUGAGCUGGGGAAAAUAAACACGGAAGCAACCAAAGCCUCUUAGCAGUGGAAGCAUGAAGGGGUUUGAGCCCUGAUCACAAGGAUCCAUAAAAUAUAUUCAUGGAAUA